CGCGCCGCCCCUUCCACGCAUGCCUACUCUCGCGCGAGGCUCACCCCCUGACUAUAGACACAACAGGGGGGACAGAGCGGCUCGGGCUGGGCGCCACAUCCGGUUCCUGUGGGGUUUGCCUCGGAGGGCGGAUGGAGCGGGUUCUGGAGCGCAGAGCCGGCGAGGGGCGAGCGGGCCAAUGAGAAGCGCGCUCUUGCCGGCCUCCUCGCCUUCCGCCUCGGCGCAAAGGCGGAGGAAGAAGAAGAGGAGGAGGCGGCGGCAGUAGUUCCAAGGCAGAGGAGGGAGGAUGCUGUCCGCCCUGGCCGCCCGGCGCAGCGGAUGGGGCUGCCUCUACCAGCUGCACCUGCUGCGGCCCAGCGCCAGGGGCCUCCCGUUCGCCAGGGCCGGCUGCCACGGAUGGCAGAUGCCUAUUACACUUGGAAAUCCACUACCCAAGCUGCCAGGUAGUUAUCUGCCUGUUCAUUCAAGUCAAGUCAGACUUUAUACCUCUGAUGGACAGAAGGACAGCACUGGAGCACAAGAUGCAAGCUCCCCACGUUCGGAAGGCAGUGCGCAAAAGACAGCAACAGCCCGGGAUGCUAGCAGUCAGACACCACCUUUGUUGCAACAACCGAUUCAUGUAAAAGUGAAAGCUGUUCUCAAAAAGAGAGAAUAUGGACCAAAGUACAUGAAGAAUAAUUUCAUCACCGGUGUCAGAGCGAUCAAUGAAUUCUGUCUUAAGUCCAGUGACUUAGAUCAGCUCAGGAAAAUCAGACGACGAAGCCCUCACGAUGAUACAGAAGCUUUCACAGUGUUUUUGAGAGCAGAUGUGGAGGCCAAGUCUUUAGAGGUCUGGGGAAGUCCAGAAGCUCUUGCUCAAGAGAGAAAAAGACGUAAAGAAGCUGAGAUAGAGUACAGAGAAAAUUUGUUUAGAAACCAAAGAUUGUUGAAGGAAUACAAAGACUUCCUAGGAGAAACGAAGCCACGUUCUACCACAUCAACGCUGUUUCUGAGCGGACCAGGAAAAGUGGUGAUGGUUGCUAUUUGCAUAAAUGGCUUGAAUUUUUUUUUCAAGCUUCUUGCAUGGGUUUACACGGGUUCAGCAAGCAUGUUCUCUGAAGCCAUCCAUUCCUUGGCAGAUACUUGCAAUCAAGCUUUGUUAGCAUUGGGAAUCAGUCAGUCUGUGAGGACACCAGACUCAAGUCAUCCGUAUGGAUUCACGAACAUGCGGUACAUUGCGUCUUUGAUUAGUGGUGUUGGCAUUUUCAUGAUGGGUGCAGGACUUUCCUGGUAUCAUGGUAUUAUAGGUCUGCUUAACCCUCAACCCAUAGAAUCCCUACUUUGGGCUUAUUGUAUUUUAGCAGGAUCAUUGGUCUCUGAAGGAGCAACACUUCUUGUAGCUAUAAAUGAAAUUCGAAGGAGUGCUCGGUCCAAAGGUGUAUCGUUUUAUCAGUAUGUUAUGCAGGCUCGUGAUCCUAGUACAAAUGUUGUGUUGUUAGAAGACACUGCUGCAGUUCUGGGAGUGACGUUAGCAGCAACCUGCAUGGGCCUGACCUCCCUAACAGGGAAUCCAUACUAUGACAGUCUGGGGUCUCUUGGUGUGGGGACCUUAUUGGGAGCUGUUUCAGCCUUUCUCAUCUAUACCAACACGGAAGCAUUGCUAGGCCGUUCUAUCCAGCCCGACCAGUUACAGCGACUUACAGAGCUGCUGGAGAGUGAUCCUGCAGUAAGAGCCAUUCAUGAUGUUAAAGCUACAGAUAUGGGGAUGAGCAAAGUGAGGUUCAAAGCAGAAGUCGACUUCGAUGGACGGGUUGUUACUCGGUCUUACCUGGAGAAACAAGAUAUUGAACAGCUGCUACAAGAAAUCCAGCAGGUGAAAAAUCUUGAAGAAUUGGAGACUUUCAUGCUCAAACAUGGUGAAAAUAUUAUCGACACCCUAGGAGCGGAAGUCGAUAGGCUAGAGAAGGAGCUAAAAAAACGGAAUCCUGAGGUGCGGCACGUAGAUCUGGAAAUAUUGUAAGCCUCAUGGAAGCCUCAUUUGAACUUCUCUCUUCUGGAUCAGCUGUGUUUAGGGACAGAGCAGCUCCUGAAGCCGGAGAGAUCUUGAGUCAUCACUACAUUUAAACCUCCAGGUUUUAGCGCUGGUUGUUCCCCCCCCACUUCUUUUUUUCCUUCCAGAAGAGCAACGGGUUUCCUGCGGACUGGUUUCCAAGGACAGCUGCUUCCCCUCUCGUUAUUUGUGAAUUUGUAUUAGAAAUUAAUAUUUGGGACUUGAAAUUUUAAAUUUAAAUAAGUUAUUGAAAUGUCAGUUUCUACAAAUACACACUAUAUGUGUUUACUGCCCUACUUCAAGUUUUUGUAUCUUGUUUGCACAUUGUGUUCCCCUACGGCUGCUAUUUUUUGAGCAUUUGUUUGGGAUCUUGAAGAUAUCUUCAUGAGCCUUUAAACAAGCCUGCAUUCCCCCUUCAAAUGGAUUUAGACUCAGCAUUAUGAGGUGAAAAUCUAGCUAAUUUGGUAUAUUUGGUUAUUUUUGUCAACUUCGUAUAUUAACUGCCAUUCAUGGUUCUAGAGCAAGUUGAAUUGCUGCAAAGAAUUGAUGUAAGUAAGUUGACCUAACUGAUGUCUCAUUUCAUACAUUAGCAUUGCAAAUUGUGAUAAUAUAUGCAAUUUCUGUCCUUGUGGUCAAGGCAGUGUUGGUAUGUGAGUUUACCAAGGCACUGGUCCCCGGAAAGGCAUUUAAACCUCGUGGACUAAAGUUGCAAUUGCUACUUGAAGCAUUCUGAGAGUAUCUGCAGGAUGGCAACAGGGAUGUUCUCAAAAUAAUUUAUAGACAUGUGUCUAGCUUUUGUUUUCCUUCUCAAACCGUAGUUGAUUUUAUAAAAUCUACUUGCUGACCUUUUAACUGCUAACUUUAUAGUGUCAGAAUCUAAAACAUGAACAUUUGCUAUCCUUGCUUGUUCUGAACACCCAUUGCUCUUCUGAUUUUUCUUUGUUCUAUGACACAUGUGACAUAUUUAUAGAUGCAGGAAGAAAUACAGAGUAGAACAUACAAGAUAGUCUAAAAAGCCUUGAGGUUCUUUGUAGUAGGAAUAGAGCAAGUUAAAAGAAUGGUGCAGCAAAUUGUCUUCUCUCAGGAGGGCCUCGGUCAUGUUUGUCUCAAACAGCAAAAUGUUUCUGAAACUGGUGUGUAUGUGUGCGUCGAAAGCAACAUGUAAUGAUCUCAUGUUUCAAGGGAAAGAGUCAAAUACCAUUACAAUAGCACUAAAGGAACUCAAAGCAACUGCUUGGAAGCCAGUUUAGAAUAUUUAAUUUAUUUAUAACUGGUACAGCUUCUUUAGUCCUGAAUGGUAAAUGAAGUGUUACCGCACGAGAAACUUGCCUGCAGGGAGCAAAACAGUCACAUUGAAUGUGACAGUUGCUUUCAGGAAUUGUAAAGCAGCAAGUUCACAGCUUGGGCUCUGAACGCUGUUCCCAAUGGGGAGCCUGUGAGAGGUGGAAAUCAAACUGCAAAUGCUUUCACUUGGGUGACAAUCUGGAAAUUUUCAGCACAGCUUGGAAAAGUUUGGGGGUUUUGUUUUGGUCUAGCAUCUCCAGGAACGUUUAGCCAGCAUGGCUAGUGCCUGUCCUGCCUGGGGGAUUCUGGGAAUUGUAAUAUUCAGAAUUUACUUUUCCGAGCUUUGUUUAUUUGGAGUCAAAGUCAAAGGGAAGUGUUCUUGGAAGGAAGGAGGUCCAGGGGGACCCGUGUCUUUGUUAUCAAUUUGGUGAACUGGUUCACAAAGACGUGUACAUACAUCCCAUAGUUGCUUAACAUUUAAUGUGUGGAUUUACUCCCCUAAAAAAGGUUUUGAAGGAACAGAAUGCUGUCUGAGAAAUUGGGUCUAUGAUAGCUCAUUCAUUGAUGCAUGUUAAGAGUUUGCUGCUUCUAUAUGAUGGACACGCACCCGUGAGCCAACUGUUCAGAACCGGAAAGUGGAAAAACUUGCUUUGCAAGUAAAAUAUUUUAAGCACUUUAA